CACAUUCGGCAAAUGUAACAUUUAUUCUUUAGAGAAACUUCAUCGAAGGUACAUAUAUGUUAAUCAAGAGAAAAUGGCUUUCCAAAGAAGAAUUAGUGAACUUGAGGUAGUAAUGUUGAGAGUACCGCUGUUUUUGUCAUCGACGAGAUUUUGAAAAUUGGAGUGUCCACAGCAGAAAUCAAAAAUUAUUUUCAUAAUCUCAUAACUCCCAGCAUAUUACACGAAGAACUACUGUAUAAGAUAUUCCUCGUACAAGUAUUGCGGUUGAUGGUCAUUGCACUAGGUUGCCUAGCAUUAUUUGUAUACAACCGCAGCAUCCACCAUCUGAUAGCUGCUUGCACCUUAACCGUUAUGUUAAUCCUAACCCAAUGGACGGAAUCGAUUAGGGGAAGUGGCGUCAGUGGGUAUCUUCUAAAUGAUACAGUUUCUCAGAAUUUUGAAGAACCAUUUGCGCCUAAAGUAUACAUCGUAAAUCUUAAGCGUACCUACUUUUCACAAGCAGUUUUACUGGUAAUUCUUAUUAACAUUUACUCCACACCAAAAAACCCAGUUAUGAAAAAACUACUUCCGUUGACUUUUCUCAUACCACUGGGAUUAACUUUUUCAACACCGGCAUUUUUGCUGAAUUGCGCUUCAAUUUUGGUGGUUCUCUUACAUUUAUCACUGAUGAAAUGUCUUGUAUACCUUGUUCCUGCAGUUUGGUAUUUUGGAUUGAAUUUUCUUAGCAUUAGAAUGUUAGAUUCUCAAUUGUUAUGGUUGAGAAGGUUGAAAAUUUCUUAUGUUGCCUGCAUCUGCAAGUACAUUGAAAAAUGUGUACAGUGGAUCUUAGUAAAUGACACAGAUCAUACCAGAAAUAUUAAGUUCAUCGCAUUUGUAAAAUUCUUUUUUUUAGCCCUCCAGUAUGGAAUAAUAUUUUCCGAACCUGAGAUGAGAAUUGUGAUAUUGUUGAGAGAUGUAUGUUAUCUCUAUGCAUCUCUCCAUGGUUCCAUAUAUCUGAUGGUUCAUCCUUCAUUAAUGAGUCAUUCUGAUAAUCUCAUGAAACACGUAGGCCCCUUAUCGGUUAGCGGAAUUGUUCUUUCAUUGGAUUUCAUGUUCGUAUAUUUUAUCUGGAGAACUCAAGAAAUCGGUACAUUCCUUUUAGAUGUAACUGCGGUCUGCUCCAUCGCAAUCAUUAAAUUUUGGGUGUCUUUAACAUUAUACACUCUUUUGAUACUCAGUGAAAAGAGGCAAUCUUUCUGGGAACACAUUGAGGACUAUAUUUAUUAUGUAAUAACUUUCGACAAAAUUUUUGAAUUUUGCAUAGGAAUUUUCUUAUUUUUCAAUAGAGCUUUCAUUCUCUUUUUCGAAAUGUUCAGCGUAAUUGGAAUUGUUAGGCUAUUUCACCAUGUCUAUAUCAACUUAUGGUUUAAAUAUCAAGAAAUCCGCUCUGAUUUCAGAAAACGUCAGACAUUGGUCUAUAAAUUAAAAGGUUUGUCAGGAGCUUCUAGUCACCAGUUGCGAGAAUUGGAUGAUGUCUGUGCCAUUUGUUAUCAGAAGAUGUUGUCCGCCAAAGUAACUAAAUGCGGGCACAUUUUUCAUGGAAUUUGUCUGAAAAAUUGGCUGGAUCUUGAGAAUCGUUGCCCACUUUGCAAUACAACUGUUAUAUGAUACCUUUUGGGGACUUAUACGAACCUCAUACUUUGACGAAACUGUCGUCUGUGGGAACUGUGUCAAGAUUUUAUCAUCGCUAUGUACACCCCUGAGUAAUGGUAUGAUCAUCACCUCCUUACUGACCCGCGUUGCAAAAUAUUUUGGGGUGAUUCCUAAUCAAGGUUCUCCAGUGAAAUAUGAAUAUGGUAAUUUGUUGAGUAAUUGUUUUUCAGUAAUGACGUAGAAGUAUUCAUUAAUUUUCAUUGA